AUGGCUAUUGCUGGUCUACACAAUGUUUCUGUGCUCGAGCCUUCUAUUCUUCGAGACUCUCAGUCUCACGCAUCUAGACGGAUAGGCAAUGAAGGGAGGGUAAACACCCGCCCAUCCUCGCUACUACAAAUGUGGCGAGAGCUUGAGGAUGAGCAUGUGGUGAGUCGUGCCCAAGAGAGAAUCAGUGAAAGGUUGCUUCAACAAAGAAGUGAUAGGUUGAUAGAUGACACCUCAAGAGCAGAUGCUGCUGAAGGCCACGGUAGUGAACACACAGGUGACUUAGAGGAUGAAAGUGUGGCGGAGAGUGAGUGCAGAUUAUGGUCUCAAGGUCAAAUUGGGUCAUCCAAUGAACAUGAGAACUGUAGCAAUUUUAGCAGUGAGCAUUCUGAUUUUGGGGAGGUUGAAAGGGGGAGGGUGAGGCAAGUUUUCAGGGAAUGGAUGAAUUGUGGUGUGGCUGAGUGUAGUUCAAGUGUUUCUAAUAUGAGUAACAGUUCAAGGGCAGAAUGGCUUGGUGAAACUGAACAGGAGAGGGUCAGAAUUGUAAGGGAGUGGGUGCAAAUUAACAGCCAGCAGAGAGGUGCUUCUGGUGACAAUAGUGGAGAACAGCCUGCUGAAAUUGGUAAUCAAAUUGAACGAGUUCGUGAUGGAUUGGUUGUUAACCAAACUGAAGGCCGGUCUGAGAUCACGCGAAGGGGCAUUCGCAAGUUAUGCGGUAGACAGCCUCUGCUGGAUAUGUUAAAGAAGGCUGAGAGGGAAAGGCAAAGAGAACUUCAAGAAUUGUUGGAGCACCAGGCCGUAUCACAUUUUGCUCACCGCAAUCGCAUUCAGUCAUUGCUUAGAGGAAGAUUCUUACGAAAUGGUAGAGUGAUUGAGAAUGAGAGACCCACUUCCAUGGCUGAAAAUGAACUAGGCUUAUUGAGGCAAAGACACACAGUCUCUGGUCUAAGGGAAGGUUUUUGCUCCAGAUUGGAUAAUACUGCAUGUGGUCAAGUAAGCAGCAGCCAUUCUGAGACAUCUUCAAGUGUGUCUAGUGGUAGUAGAAAUGGACACGUUGAAGAAGACAAUUUACAAGAGGGUGAUUUAGGUGGCAACACCAUUCUGGAUAUAGAUUCACAAGAUCUAAUGUUCCUGUGGAAGGUUGGCAGGAAGAAGUUUCCAGAUAAUGUCGUAAGAGACGGGGAUUGCUCAACCAUUUUUGACAUUGUCGAAAGGAGUGAGGGUACUGGUAGUAAUAUGAUUGGGAACUUACAGGCAACCACUGCUGUUGAGCAGCCCUUAGAAACUUCACAAAAUGAUGCUGGUGAACACAGUAACAUGAGAGAAGUCAUUGAUGUAUCUAAUGAAUCUGAGCCAAGUGGGGAGGAAAGUGUAAUCUGUGAACAAUCUGGUACAACAUGGCAGGAUCGAGUUUCAGAAAAUGAGGAAUUAGACUGGGAAGAGCCUGUUGCUGAGUAUAAUGAUUUGAGAGAAAAUGUUGGUCGAAUUACAAUUGGAGAUCAGCAGGAAACUGCUGGUAAUGAAUGGUCCCAAGAGUUGUUGGAGGGCGGGGAUAGAGAAAACAGUCAUCUUGAAGAAGUUAGUGACGUGUGGCACGAGGAAAGUGGUUUUCAAGAGGCUGUUCACAGUUGGUUAGAAGAGCCAUCUGACCAGGAUGCUGAUCCAGUCAGACAGAUCGAUACCUUUUAUUUUCCUGAUGACGAUAAUGCUCAUAGUACAGAGAUAAGGGAACUCCUAAGCGAAGGGUUUCUAAUCUUCUUAGUAGUGGUUUUCCGUCAGAAUCUAGAUCGACUUAUACAAUCAUAUGUGGAAAGACAAGGUCAUGCUACCAUUGACUGGGAGCUAGAUGAUACAUCACCUUCUCCUGAAUCUGCAGAACAGGAUCUAGAGCAGACUGGUGGAUAUCAAAAUGAGGGUCAAGUGGAUUCUGUUGAGAGUCCUAGUCCUAGUACUGUGCUGCCAUCACAGCAAAUACCUCCCUCGCCACUUUGGGACCAGGAGUCACACCCUGAUAAUUGGCCACAGCAUGACAUGCGUCAACGUUUUGGAAUUGACUGGGAGAUAAUUAACGAUAUGAGGAUUGACAUGGGUAGGCUACAACAGAGGAUGAAUAACUUGCAAAGGAUGUUAGAAGCCUGCAUGGAUAUGCAACUCGAGUUGCAGCGCUCAAUAAGACAAGAAGUUUCUGAUGCCCUGAAUAGAUCAUCUGGUUCACAAGGGUUGUGUGAAGAUGGUCUGCUAGAAGAUGGCUCUAAAUGGGAUCAUGUAAGGAAAGGAAUUUGCUGUAUAUGUUGUGAUAGAAGUAUUGAUUCUUUACUGUACAGAUGCGGGCACAUGUGUGCAUGUUCAAAAUGUGCUACCGAAUUGGUUGAGAGUAGCGGAAAGUGUCCGAUGUGUAGAGCACCCGCAGUUGAGGUGAUCCGUGCUUAUUCUGUACUGUAA